UAAACAUGGCGUCGGUGACAACAGCCACCUCAGAAUGGAUUCAGUUUUUCAAGGAUGCUGGGAUCCCUGCUGGCCUAGCUGUCACUUACGCUGUUUCAUUUGUCGACAACAGAAUCCAGAAGACUAUGCUCAUGGAUCUCAGUAAGGAGAUCAUGAUGGAUCUGGGCAUCACGGUCAUUGGCGACAUCAUUGCCAUUCUUAAGCAUGCCAAGCAGGUCUACAGACAGGACAUGUGCAAAAUGGCCACCGAGGCCAUCUCCUCAGGACAGACCAGUGUUCAAGCUGAGCUCAGAAGAACUGCCAACACCCCCGCCACUCGUAUGAUUGCCAACGCCUUGAGCCGCGACUCUCCACCGAGCACUCCAGCCCGCCGCCCAGACAACCGCCUCUCCGUCACAGUGUCCAACAAACAGGCAAACAGGAGUGGCAAAGCAGUCAUAAGUCAGCCAGCAGAUGAGGGGAACGGUUUGCCAGCGGUGAAGCGCCGGCGUGUGACAGCUGAGAUGGAAGGCAAGUACAUCAUCAACAUGCCCAAAGGCACCACGCCACGCACACGCCGCAUCCUGGCCCAACAGGCCAAGAAAGGUGUGAAACGUACAUCUGUAUUUGAGAGACUCGGAGCUGAAUCAAAGGCAGACACAACAACAAGCAAUAACAAGCCCACCGGUGUGUUCAGCCGUCUAGGCAGAGCGGAUGAAGAGGAAGACGUGUCAAGAGCAGCAAAGGCAGCUGGACUUAAUAUGGAUGUAGGGGAAGAGGAUGACAGUGACGGAGAGGGCUCAGUCCUCCAGUAUGCUGGCGUGCUGAAGAAAUCGUCUCUCUCCCAGAAGAAAGAGCCCAUCCAGAAACCAGCCCCUACCACCCUGCGGCGCCUGGGGGUCAAAUUCAAACCCUCCUCAGACUCUCCCACCUCUUCCUCCUCUGAUGGCGUCCCGCCUGGUAAGCUCAGCGUGCUUCAGAGACUGGGCAAGCUCCCCGCCGCACACUCGAGCUCGGCCGCCUCUCCUCCACCAGCUGACACGCAGGACAACAGAGUGACCAGCACCCGACCCAGAGCCCGGGCAAGACCGGCAGUGGCCAGCUCCAAGGUGAGCAGCAGCACGGGGACAGCAGGAGGGGCGGAGUGCCUGGGGGCCCAGAUGGACGUUGGGUCUGUCAGUGUCUUCAAGAGACUUGGCUCCAAGAGGACCUAACACAUGAACUCCUGACCAUGUCUACCCUCAGAAAAUAUUCAGACUAUUUCUAUACAUUGGGUUUUUUUGUUUUUGUUUUUGUUUUGUUUUUUUAAUUUGUAUUUUAAUUUGUAUUACCACUUUUUUGCAUCCAUCCUCACUACGGGCAGGGCUGCAGAACAUGUUUUUUUUUUUUUUUUUUUUUUUUUGGUAACUAAUUUCACUAACUGCAGUCAGCCUGAGUGUAUGGAGGGAUGUGAUGCUGCGUAACGGUUUUUAGACUUACUAUUUUUAAAGUUAGUUAGGCUGCCAAAUGAUAAGUGGUCAC